GCCGCCAGUUCCAAGCUCGAGCUAGGCAGCUCUCCGCCGCUACUUUCAGUUUCCAGCAGACCGCAGCCAAGCCGGAGCGCGCAGCGAACUGGGGAGCGCAGUGGGCAUUCUGACUUCCCGGAUUUAAAUCUGGUCACCCUGGGCAAAUCACUUAGCCUUGGUUGGCCCGCCUGUUAAAUGGAGAUAACAUAAGUACUCACCUGGAUGGCCUGCUGCGAAGAAUAGACGAAGAUGGUGCAUGAAAACAUUUAGCACGGCGCCCUGCACGGCGAGCACUCCUGCAACGGACCAAGUAUGUUCCAAGCAUUUGACAGGAAAGCCUGCAUUUGUGACUACCUCUCUAAACAGGGGCCUGCAUUACGGAGUCGGCUUGUAAAUCCAGCUCAGGGCACAGGACAUGGCCUGAACACCCAUAAGACCCUCUUCAAGGGAACCUAGAACAUCUAUCAUGAACCAGGAAGCCAAGUCAGCACCUCAUGGACCCCAUUAGCCUGCAGCUGGGCACCAGGAACCGGUGGGGCUGGCUUGUGAGACUGCUCAGCGAAGACCUAGAAUGGCUGAGCGCCAAGAUGAAGUUCUUCCUCCCCAACAUGGACCUGGGCUCCGAGAACGAGACCCCAGACCCUACCCAGAGGGUCAUCUUCCAGCUGAGCAGACUGCGUGCCCAAGGCCGGGCCACCUGGCAGUCAUUCAUCCACUGUGUGUGCAUGGAGCUGGAGGUGCCUUUGGAACUGGAGGUGCCGCUGCUGAGCAUGUGGGGCCACGAAGAAGAGUUCCCCAGUCUGGGAGCAGGCGAAGAGAGCCAGCCUGAGUCUCAGCUCCACCAUGGUGAGACCGAGGGAUGGGGAACCAGAGGGGGCGGUCUCAAGCGUCCUCAUCAGAGCUGUGGGUCCUCACCCCGCCGUAAGCAGUGCAAGCAACAGCAGCUAGAGCUGGCCAGGAGGUACCUGCAGCUCCUGAGGGUCUCUGCCCAGCAGCACUAUGGUGGUGGACUUCCUAGAUUGGGACAGCCCCUGACCUCCCAUCAGGCCUACGUCCCCCCGAUCCUGCAGUGGAGCCGGGCCACGGUGCCCUUUGACACCAAGAAGGGGGCUGCUGUUAUGGGAGGCCUCAAGGCAGAAGAUGGCACUGACAUGAGCAUCUGGGAACUCUUCAGCUCCAGGGCCGACAAGGGCCCAAAGGUGACCGUGAUCUUGGGGAAGGCUGGUGUGGGCAAGACCACACUGGCCCACUGGCUCUGCCGGAAGUGGGCUGACGGCCAGCUGGAGCGUUUCCAGGCCCUGUUCCUUUUUGAAUUCCGUCGGCUCAACCUGCUCACCAGUUCCAUGACGCUGUCCCAGCUGCUUUUUGAUGUGUACCUGAGCCCCGAGUCAGGCCCCGACGCUGUCUUCCAGUACCUGAAGGAGAACGCAGAUCGCGUCCUGCUUAUCUUCGAUGGGCUGGAUGAAGCCAUCUACCCCUGCUCCAGUGGAAAGAUGGCAGGUCCCAACGCUCCAGGUCCAGCUCUUGCCCUCUUCUCUGGACUCUGCCAUGGCACCCUUCUACCCGGCUGCUGGGUGAUGGCCACCUCCCGUCCCGGGAAGCUGCCUGCCUGCCUGCCCACGGAGGCAGCCAUGGUCCACAUGUGGGGCUUUGACGGGCCGCGGGUGGAGAAGUACGUGGGCGUCUUCUUCCACAACCUGCCAUCACAGGAGGCAGCCCUGGCAGAGUUGCAGGCCAGUGGACACCUCCGCAGCCUGUGUGCAGUGCCUGCUCUGUGCCAAGUCACCUGCUUCUGCCUCCGCCAUCUCCUCCUGGGCACCUCCCCAGGCCAGUGUGCAGCCCUCCUGCCCACCGUGACUCAGCUCUACAUGCAGAUGGUGCUCGCCCUUACUCCCCCAGGGCAUCCGUCUGCUGUGUCUCUGCUGGCCCUGGGUGAGGUGGCCCUGAAGGGCCUGGAGAUCGGGAAGGUUAUCUUCUAUGCUGAAGAUAUCCCUCCAUCCGUGAUGGCCUUCGGUGCCACCCUCAACCUGCUGACCUCCUUCUGUGUCCGCACAGGCCCUGGGCACCAGGAGACAGGCUACGCUUUUGCCCACCUCAGCCUGCAGGAGUUUUUUGCUGCCCUGCACCUGAUGACCAGUCCCCAGGUGAACAAAGACAUGCUUGCCCACCAUGUCACCCUCAAUUCCCGCUGGGUGCUACGGACCAAAGCUAGACUGGGCCUCUCGGACCACCUCCCCACCUUCUUGGCAGGCCUGGCAUCCUGUGCCUGCCGUCCCUUCCUCAGACAACUGGCACAGCAGGAGGAGAGCUGGGUGGGCACCAAACAGGCUACCGUCAUGCAGGUGCUGAGGAAGAUGGCUACCCACAGGCUCACGGCACCGAAGGUGGUGGAGCUGUGUCACUGUGUGUAUGAGACACAGGAUCCAGGCUUGGCUGACCUGGCUGCCCAGAGCCUCCGCUACCACCUGCCCUUCCACAAUUUCCCACUGACCUACACUGACCUGGCUGCCUUGACCAACAUCCUGAAGCACAGGGAGGCCCCCAUCCACCUGGAUUUUGAGGGCUGCCUCCUGGAGCCCCACUGUCCUGAGGCUCUGAUAGGCUGUGAGCAGAUAGACCAUCUCAGCUUUAAGAGCCGGAAGUAUGGGGAUGCCUUUGCUGAAGCCCUCUCCAGGAGCUUGCCAACAAUGGGGAGCCUGCAGAAGCUGGGGUUAUCAGGAAGUAAGAUCACUGCGCGAGGCAUCAGCCACCUGGUGCAGGCUUUGCCCCUCUGUCCUCAGCUGGAAGAGGUCAGUUUUCAGGACAACCAGCUCAAGGACCAGGAGGUGCUGAGCAUCAUGGAGGUACUUCCUCUCCUGCCACAGCUCCGAAAGCUUGACCUGAGCCGCAACAACAUCUCCGUGUCAACCCUACUCUACUUGGCAGAGGUGGCAGUCAAGUACCCUACUGUCAGGAUGCUGCAGGCCAGGGAGUCAGACCUUAUCUUCCUUCUCUCCCCACCCACGGAGACAGCUGAAGAGCCACAAAGAACUUCAGGCCAACAAGAAAGUGACAGCCAGAGGAAAGAGGCUCCGGGCAGAAGCCUGACACUCAGGCUCCGGAAGUGUGAGCUCAGGGUCCACCACGCGGAUGCCCUCACAGUCCUGCUCCACAAAAGCCCCCACCUGGAGGAAGUGGACUUCUCAGGGAACCAGCUAGAAGAUGAAGGCUGUCGAGUCCUGGCAGAAGCCAUGUCCCGGCUGCACAUCGCCAGGAAGCUGGACCUCAGCGACAACGGGCUCUCCACGUCUGGGGUACACUGCGUGCUGAGCGCCGUGAGCGCGUGCCCAGCCCUGUCGGAGCUGCACAUCAGCCUAAUGCACAAGACUGUGAUCUUCUGCUUUGCCCAAGAGCCGGAGGAGCAGGAGGGGACCCGGAAGAGGCUGGCUGCAUUUCUUGACAACCUCACGCCCCAGGUGCCAUCUGACCUGCCCCUGAGCUCCAGAAGGAUCAGGUUGGCCCACUGUGGCCUCCAAGCCAAGCACCUAGAGCGGCUCAGCAAGGCGCUGGGAAGAAGCUGCCAUCUGGGUCACCUCGACUUAUCAGGCAAUGCUCUGGGCGAUGAAGGUGUGGCCCUGUUGACUCAGCUGCUCCCAGAGCUAGGCCAUCUGCAGUCCUUGACCCUCAGUGAGAAUGCCGUGUCCCUGGAUGCUGUGUUUAGUUUGGCCAAGUGCUUUUCCACUCUGCGGUGGGUUUUCCAAUUGGAUAUCAGCCUUGAGAGCCAACACAUCCUCCUGAGCGGUGACAAGAGAAGCAGACAUGGACCAGCUGCUGGAUCUUUGCCAGAGUUCCCAGAGGGAGCCCAAUCCUCAGGACUGGGUCAGCGCUGCAGCUCUAGGAGCUUCCGCCUCGGGGAGUGUCAGCUGGAGCCUCCCAGCCUCACCCACCUCUGUGCGACUCUGGAGGACUGUCCAGGGCCACUGGAAGUCCAGUUGUCCUGCGAGGUCCUGAGCGACCAGAGUCUGGAGACCCUGCUGCACCACUUACACCGGUUCCCCCAGCUCAGCCUGCUGCAGCUGAGCCAGACUGGACUGUCUCGGAGAAGCCCCUUCCUGCUGGCCGACACCUUCGGCCUGUGCCCACGGGUUCGGAAGGUGGAUCUCAGGUCCCUGCAGCAUGCUACCCUGCACUUCAGCUCUCACGAGGAGCAGGACAGCGUGUGCUGUGGCAGGUUCACAAGCUGCGACCUCGGCCGGGAGCACGUGAAGACGCUGUGCCAGUCACUGAGCACGUGCAAAGACCUCAAACAGCUAGACCUCUCAUCAAACCAGCUGGGAGAUGACGGGCUCAGAUGUCUCCUGGGGUGUCUGCCACAGCUUCCCAUCUCUGGUUCACUUAAUCUGAGUGACAAUGGCUUCUCUCAGGAAAGUGCCCUGGACCUGGUGGAGACGCUGCCCUGUCAUCCACGUGUCCGGGAGGCCUCAGUGAACCUGGGCUCUAAGCAGAGCUGCUGGAUCCACUUCUCCAAACAGGAGGAGGCUGGGAAGAUACUCAGGUUCAGGGAGUGCAGCUUCCGGCCUGAGCAAGUGCCCAGUCUGGUCAUUGGCCUGAGCCAGGCCCUGCAACUGAUGGAGCUCACGCUAAGCUGGUGCUGCCUGGGCCUGGAGCAGCUGACUGUCCUCCUGCAGAUGGUGAGGCGGCCACAAGGGCUGCUCACUCUCAGGGUAGAAGAACCGUGGGUGGGCAGAACCGAGGUGCCUGCCCUGCUAGAAGUCUGUGCCCAGGCCUCCGGCAACGUCACUGAGAUAAGCAUUGCCAAGACCCAGCAGCAGCUUUGUGUCCAGCUGGAAUUUCCUCGCCAGGAGGAGAACCCAGAAGCUGUGGCUCUCAGCUCCUUGCAGGCACAGACCAUGUCCCCCGUACUGACCAGGUGCUCAGAAACUGCCACCUCGCUGUCUGCCUCCAGGCUGGCUCACUGUGACCUGGGGACCCACCACAGCCUUCUUGUCCGGCAGCUGAUGCAGACGUGUGCCAGGCUGCGGCGGCUCAGCUUAUCCCAGGUUAAUCUCUGUGACGAUGACAGUGCCAGCUCCCUGCUGCUGCGAAGCCUCCUGCUGUCUCUCUCAGAGCUGAAGACUUUCCGGCUGACCUCCAGCUGCAUGAGCACCGAGGGCCUCGCCCACCUCGCCUCUGGUCUGGGCCAUUGCCACCAUCUGGAGGAGCUGGACUUGUCUAACAAUCAGUUCGACGAGGAGGGCACCAGGGCACUGAUGGGGGCUCUGACCGGGAAGUACAGGCUAAAGACGCUCGACCUCAGUCACCUUCCACUGGGUGAGUCUACACUGGCCACGCUCACUGACGAACUAAGCCACAUGACUCUCCUGCAGCGCCUCCGCUUGAGUCACAACCAGAUCGGAGAUGCCGGUGCCCAACACUUGGCUGCCAUCCUGCCGGGGCUGCCUGAGCUCCGGAAACUAGACCUCUCAGCAAAUGGCAUCAGCCCAGCUGGAGGAGUGCUGCUGGCCGAGUCCCUCACUCUUUGCAGGCACCUGGAGGAGCUGAUCCUCGCCUGCAAUGCCCUGGGUGAUCCCACAGCCCUGGGGCUGGCUCGGGGUCUGCCCCAGCACCUGAGGGUCCUGCACCUGCAGUCCAGUCGUCUGGGCCCAGAGGGGGCGCAGAGCCUGGGCCAGGCCCUGGAUGGAUGCCCAUGUGUGGAAGAGAUCAGCUUGGCAGCCAACAGCCUGGCUGGAGGGGUGCCUCAAUUCUGUAAGGGGCUCCCGCUGCUCAGACAGAUCGACCUGGCUUCCUGUGAGAUUGACAACCAGACUGCCAAGCUCCUGGCCGCCAGCCUCGCGCUCUGCCCAGCCCUAGAAGAAAUCUUGCUGUCCUGGAAUCUCCUCGGGGACGAGGCGGCUGCUGAGCUGGCCCAGGUCCUGCCACGGAUGCACCAGCUGAAGAGACUCGACCUGGAGAAGAACCAGAUCACAGCUCGUGGGGCCUGGCACCUGGCAGAAGGGUUGGCACAGGGGUCACACACCCCAGUCAUCCGCCUCUGGAACAACUCCAUCCCCUCCGACAUGGCCCAGUGUCUGCAAAGGCAGGAGCCCAGGCUGGACUUCGCCUUCUUCGACACCCCGCCCCAGGACCCUCAGGGUACUUGAUGGCUGCCUCAAGACCCUUGGAAUGAAUCCAGCCAAGUGAUGCCAGCUUCACCCACCAGGAUAGAGGGCACAGGAAAAGAGCUGCGUGGAGAAUCCUGCCCCCUGCCUGGAAGGAAGGGGCACAAUUGUCCUGCUACUGUCCUCAAGGAGGACAUUUUAGGGAACUACAAGCCCGGUGUGGCCAAGAGUCCCUGCAUCAUGUGUGACAAGUGUGACCAGUUGAAGACAUGGCACAAUAAGGGUGUCAUGAUGUAAGGCGACAUGGAAGAUCAGACAUGGCAACCUGACCUCUGGACAUGUGGCAUACAUGGAACUUGUGAUCCAUGGCAUGAGCCGUACCACCACACUGGCAGGACACAUGAUCGGUCCAUGUGUGACACAUGACAAACGUCCAUGUUGUACAUGGAAUGUGGCUAACCGGACAACCUCAGGUUGGCCCAAGCUCUAAUUUAUUACUUUGUAAACUGUACCUAUGUAUUUAUAUGUUGCAUUUUCAGAGCAGCUGAACCAGGGAAGUCUUUUUUCCUGACCCGGGAAGAGGAAAAAUCAAAGCACUGACUAGCCCAGAGGCCCAAGGGCCAGGAUUUUGGGUAGGCAUUCAGCCAGAAAGUCCCCUCCUGCCUCAAGCCUCAUUUUCCCCACUUGUAAACUGGAAACUCCCUCCCCUUUAAAUGCUAGCUUCCCGGGAACUCUGGGCCCAGGUUCAGGUCCAGCAACCCUUAGGAGUGGGCAGGCCCAGUCUGCCCCAUGCAAGGACAAAGCCAGGUCUAAGGGUGUAGUGGGGGCACUGCCAAGAUAGUCAGCCAGGCCACUGGGUCCAGGUAUUACCUCCGCGGGAUCCGGUGAGUCCCCCGGGUGCCAAUUGUGACAGUGUUCUGGUUCCCUCCAGGAGGGGCCCAGGGGGGCCCUGCCACACUCUAACCUGAGUUUGAUCAAUAAAUAUGGAUAACCCCCCA